AUGACGCGGUGCUACUCCGGGCUGCACUUCAUGGAUUUGGAGGCUCUGGAUGCUGCACUAGCGGAGACACACGAACAGGUCUCGGAGCUGGAACAGUCCAAGAGCAGAUUGGCUGCCUUCCAGGAGCAUUUGGAUGCAUGCGGCGGUGACUUGGCCAAGCUUGCCGAAAGCUAUAAGACAUUCGGUCUCCAGCGAGACGGCUCUGAAUGGACAUACUGCGAAUGGAUGCCCUAUGCAGCCGCAGUUUAUCUGGUUGGGGAUUUUAAUGGCUGGGACACCAGCGCCACGCCGCUGGCACAGGAGGAGUCGCUGCCGGACAUUUGGAGCUGCAGCAUUCCGACCAUGCCGAUCGGCUCCAAGUACAAGCUCUACGUGGUGCCUGAGGAUGGCGACGCCUACUAUGCCAUGCCGGCCUGGGCCACCCGCUUCACCGGGCCGAAUGACAUGAA